UUGUCGUAUCCCCGGAAACAACACAGCCAAAAAGAUGUCUGGACUGCCUAGAGAAGUUUUAAAGUGGAUCCAGAGCUUGGAUUUGACAUGGCAGGUCAAAACUCCGAAAUGGGACAUUACAAAUGGCUAUCUGACUGCUGAAAUCUUCUCCUGGUACUUCCCACAAGACAUUCAGAUGCACUCUUAUAACAAUGGAAAAUCUCUUGAUUCAAAGCAGAAAAAUUGGGACCUCCUUAAAAAUUUUAUUAAAAGACACAGAUUGGACAUCCCAAGUGAAGUGAUAGAUGGAACAAUACAUUGUAAAGAGGGGGCUGCAGCCAUGUUGUUAGAAAGAAUGUAUGAACUACUCACAAACAGAGUUAUAAGGAAAACUCCGCCAGAGUUUGAGACAGACUUUACAGAUCGGGGUUACCAAAGCAAACUGCCAAUGCAUGCCCGCUCUACAGCAUCUCAGUCAGUGAAAAACAACCUCAGAAUUACAGAAAUACAGGCAGAUUCUAGUCUUAUUCUAAAUGCUCAAAAGUCUCAGAAGAUAAUCAAUGAACACAUUGACCACAGGCGAAUGGAGCGCCAGGAGAACCCUGACCGAUUCAACAUCCGACCUUCCGUUGGGGAGGCUAGUUUCCGCCGCCCAUUCCCACAGCAACAGGAAGAUGGGGUUACAGAGGAAAGGGGAGAGUCCCAGGAUCAGCAGAGAAGUGGUAGUGGUAUUUCCAGGGAGCCUAGUGUACACUUCAAGGAGGUUCAAGUACGCCAGCUCGACAAGAAUGCCCUCUACAAUAUGCCCAUCCAGGGGUACUAAAUCAUGCCAGAACUGUCUUCAUUACCACCCUUUGCCACUAAAAACAGCAUUAAUUUGAAUUGGGAAAAAAUAAAUAAAACCUAUCAUCUGAGAACAAUUGCUUUUAAAUGCAUUAUCAGUAUGUGGAAAAGAACUGCAUUAAUCUAACAAUGCCAUUUUUAACUUAUUUGUUUUUAUAAAUCGUUAAUAAUGUAUUGCAUGUCUGUAUUUGAAAAUAUAUUGACUGAAAUUGUGUAUAGAUUGUGUAUUACUUCUAUCAUGUUUGAGUGGACUCGGAUAUAUGAAAUCAUGAAUACACAUAACAAUUUUAUUCAUCACUGUAUUAAAAUAUUAAUUGAUACAUGUAUUUCCAAAACUGUCCAUAGUUUAUUAUAUUUAAGUUAAACAUUUAACUUUUUUUUUAGAAAAUAUCAAGAGUAUUGGAAUAUUAUAUCAUCCAAAAUAUACACAUUCAUGUAUAUAAUAUUUUAUGCAUUAUUAGUACAUUUAACGAAAUGUGUUUUUUAUUUGUCUUUCUUUUGUUGAAUUUCUGUGAUAUUUACAUGUACACAAUGUCAUUACUAUGCUCCCUUUUACAUGUACAUAGCCAUUUUCUAAAUGUAUUUGUUACAUUUUUCAUUGUCAUGAUGCAUAAUAAACAAGUAUGCACAAAGUUAA